AUGCACAUCUACCGCCGACAGGCCCGCAACCUGGCCUGGUACGACGAAGAAGGCGAAGCCUCGUCACAUAACCCAUUCAAGAAAUUCCGCCGCUCACCCCGGCGCUCGAACUCCGUCCAACUCGAAAGCAGAAUGCCCGGCCACCGCAGUCUAGAUAUCCGCAUGUCAGAAGACACGCGCCGCAGACUCGACAUGAACAACGGCCUCGGCGGCCCAGAGUACGCAGGCACAUUUCCCCCAGAGUCGGCUGGCAGUGACCAAGGCACACCCAAAUCACCACCUGAGCCGUCGAUGGAGAGCCAUGAUCCGAUUAAUGUAUCGCGCGGCAUGGACGAGUCCACUGAUUCGACAAAGCCGCGCAUGCGCAAGGGUUUCCUGGGCAAGUUCGGUCAUGGCGAUCAAGUCGAUGACUUGGAAGAUAAGAAGUCUAUUUCCGGGACGCAGAAGUUUACUUUUGCGUCGCAGUUGCGGGCUACUAUCUUGAACUCGUGGAUUAAUGUGUUGCUUGUUGCUGCGCCUGUUGGUAUUGCGCUUUAUGCCGUUGAUGCGAACCCGAUUGCUGUUUUCGUGGUGAACUUCAUUGCUAUCAUUCCUCUUGCUGCGAUGCUCAGUUUCGCUACUGAGGAAAUUGCCCUGCGGACUGGUGAGACGAUUGGAGGGUUGUUGAAUGCUUCUUUUGGUAACGCGGUUGAAUUGAUCAUUUCCAUCAUUGCUCUGGUCCAGCGCAAGGUUCUCAUUGUGCAGACUUCGCUGAUUGGAAGCAUGCUUUCCAACCUGCUACUUGUGAUGGGAAUGUGUUUCUUCUUCGGUGGCAUUGAUCGCAUGGAGCAGCAUUUCAAUGUGACUGUUGCCCAGACCGCUGCCAGUCUUCUGGCUUUGGCUGUUAGCAGUUUGAUCAUUCCAACUGCUUUCCAUAAGUGGUCUGACGCUUCUGAUGGCGAUCAGACUGCGCCGCUGUCUCGUGGAACUAGUGUUCUCCUGCUUAUCGUUUACGGCUGUUAUCUCUUCUUCCAGCUGAAGUCUCAUGCUGAGAUGUAUAACCGGCCCAGUCCUAAGGUUGAGCGUCGCCGUGCCCGUGUCUUGGAGGGUGAUGCUAGCCGGGGUAUUGCGCAGAUUGGCAAGAUGACUGCUGCGCCUCUGGUUGGUCAGAGUCGUGAUCAUAUGCAGAUGGAGGAUCCUGAGGAUGAGCUUGAGGAGCCCCAACUGUCUAUCUUCACGGCUGUUCUGACGCUGGCUAUUUCUACUGGAUUUGUUGCUGCUUGUGCUGAGUUUAUGGUUUCCUCCAUCGACGCUCUCACGGCCACAGGAAACAUCGGUGAAACAUUCGUCGGAUUGAUCCUUCUCCCUAUCGUCGGUAACGCAGCUGAGCACGCCACCGCCGUGACAGUCGCCUGCAAGGACAAGAUGGAUCUAGCAAUCGGUGUUGCCGUUGGCUCCAGUAUGCAGAUCGCGUUAUUGGUUCUGCCGCUGAUUGUGGUUCUUGGAUGGAUCAUUGGUAUUGAGGAUAUGACCCUCAACUUUGAUGGAUUCCAAGUCAUCACCCUGUUCAUGUCCGUGCUUUUGGUCAACUACCUCAUCGGAGAUGGCAAGUCCCACUGGCUGGAGGGUGUCUUGUUGAUGAUGAUGUAUUUGAUUAUCGCUAUUGCGGCUUGGUUCUUUACAUAG